GCUAUCUGAAAACCCUAGGAAUCAUGGGGAAGAAAGGGAAGGACACCAAUAACGGUGAAUCCGAUGUUGAUUGCACUCAGUAUUACGAUAUAACAAUGAACAUACUGUUCGCCAUGGUGUCGGAGCCCUAUUAUCUCCUCCAUUUCCUCACCUUCUUCUCUUAUUUCUCCAUCAGAUUCUCCACUUCUCAAUUAUUUUCUCCUGAAUUCGCCGGACACCUCCUCCGCCGUGAACUUCAAGCGCUUCUUGCUUUUGUUACACUAACCGCUGUCAAGAUGGUGAAAGAAGAAACUUGGGAUGGUUUUGUUGCAGAUAUGCUGGUAUUUGCUAAGAUAUUUCUUGUUGGCAUUUCAUUAGUUCUCGAUUAUCACCUUACACUCUGGUUCAUGUUAGCAUUCUUAGUUAUAUACAUCUUCAGAAUUCAACCUCCCUACACAGGACUAGGCUCUUCAGCACAAUUAACACCCUUACAAUUAGAAGCUUUAUUAACCGAAGGUGGCACAUCAAAAUUUUGGCUGCAUUUUAACCUUUUCUUAUCAAGGCCCUUUAAAGAUGUUCUCAAUAGCUUUAAACUAAAGCAUAAAAUAACACAAGCUAUUUCACUUUCUGUACCAAAUUUAAGAGUCAAACGGACAGAUAUUUUGAGAGAAGAGAGGAACCUUGAGAUCGAGAAGAAGAUGUUGGUAGUGGAGGUGGAGGUGGAAGUGGAAGUUCAGCGGCAGCAAUGGCGGAGGAGUAUGAGUAAACAAAUGAAGAAGAUAGCUGUUCUGGGACCCACCUCGAUGAAGAAGCUCGAGCAAUUCUUCUUGCUGUUAAGAAGCUUUAGGAAACGGAAGCCAUGGGAAUAA